AUGGAAGAGUUCCAGCGUAUCCUCGAGUCAUACGAUGUGCAAGCGCGCGCUCAAUGGGAGACAGACGAGGACCGCCAACAAAACAACAAGAUCUUUACCUCAACAAUUUGCACUCUUUUCAAAAUCCUAUCAAGCUGGCCAACAGAUGCUGCUAGCAUCAGGCUUUCUAUCCAGGCAAAGUCCCCGAGUGACUCUCUCGAUAUGAAGCAACGACGGAAACAAGCCGCUAGAUCGAGGGUAGACGAUCUUCUUUAUAAGAGAUAUGAGAGAUCCUGCCUACAAUUCUCUCGAAUUACCACAGAUGUCGAGUGCCUACCGGUCCCUAUAGUGACCCAUCUUUCAAUCCAAGGCCUCGGAAACGAAAGGCUAAUCGAGCCGGCAUCGACUGCAGUUAUCGCGUCGAAACUACCGCAAUUAAAUCGAGUGGAACUAUUGAUGAGGGACGGGUGUAAGCGGGAUGAACGAUUAAGACAACAACUUCGAAAUGACUUUGCACGCAAUCUUUACCUCUUCCCUGCUCGGUACUACGAUCCUCUAAACGUGAUAGAGGAUGGAUCGGACCUUUUAAGUUCGUGUCUACGGGAUUUGUCGCAGCGUCUAGAGAUUCUCAAUAUCAAAGAAUCUACAGUCUUAGGCCCAGAGCUUUUUUGGCCGUCGAGUUCACAGGAGGAUACUCUACCGGUGAAUCGACCCUUCUGGCAAAACCUCAGAGAUGUGACGGUGAGCUAUGCGCCAGUUACGCCGUCGGGAAAGUGGCUCCUAGAACGGGAUCCGGAGAAAACGGAUCCAACAGAAGAUAACACGGAUCCCGAAUACUACGAUACUAGGGAGGAGCAAUAUCCCGAAUCCGUUCGGAUCCCUCCCGAGGAUCGUAGGUCUAUAUAUUUUCGAUCCAAGAUUAUCGCGAGCUACGCCGACAGAUUCUACAUCUUAGCUGCCUGGGCUGCCCUCUAG